GCAGUGGGUGUGGGAGACAAAAAAGAUUAAUCGGACCAUUCCAGAAGAUCAAUAAAUAAUUCUUUGAAUCAAAUUUUAAGACAUUAAAAAUAAUAAAACAAAAAAAUGUUGCCCUAUAGUGAUGUUGAUUGUCUAGGUUUACCUCUUCUGGAUAUUUCCUAUUUUUGGGAAUUCCUUGCUCUAAAAUUUUUUUUUGUUUUUGGAUAUUUAUGUCAGAUUGUCUGAAAAAAGGGGAGAGAGGAAAACAUUCCUGUCAGGGUUUGUUCAACGGUCGUUAUUGCUUACUUGAAUUCCACGUACCUGGAGUGGUUAUUCGACCUGAACAAUGUCCUGAAAAGGGAACAGAUCCAUUAGAAGUUGUGCUUGGAAUUUGUUUACCUGCAAAUUGUUCAACAGAAGAAACUCAAGGACUUGUUGAAUAUGUUGCCGAGCAUCACCCAAUCCAAGUAAAUUGCCAACCACCAGGACAAUGGCCCCUUUUCGGUAUUAUUUUGGUUGGAAUUUUACUUCUUUGGUUGUCUCUUUUGUUGUUUGUUUCUGCCUUUCGUUGGUUUCAUCAUUUACAAUUUCCUCCGAUAUUUGACGCUUUUUGUCUUCAAAUACAUUUAAGGCAUUCUCUUAGGACAACACAACCAAAAGACAAUCAACGUUUUCAAUCAAUUCAUGGAAUUCAAGUUAUUGCUGCCUCUUUAUUGGUUUUAGGCCAAGCUCAAGUACUUGUCCUUCCUUAUUUGGAAAAUACUGGCCAUCAUUAUGCUUUAUUGGAAAAAUGGCCGGCACAAAUUGCCUUAAACCCAACUUUAUUAGCGGACACUCUUUUAGCUUUAGAUUUAUUUCAGUUAGCGGUAAAUGAAAGUAAACGAUGUCCUAAACGUUCAUUAAUUCAAAUUGCUUGGAGAAGAUUUCUUAGAAUCUGGCCAAUAUAUGUAUUAAUAACGCUUUCAAUGGCUUUUGUAUUUGCCCAUUUGGGUGAAGGGCCAAUGUGGUCUAGAACUGAUAUUGCUAAAAGAUGUUCAAAUAAUUGGCCAGAAAAUAUAUUUUUUAUUCAAAAUUUGUUGGGAUAUUCCCAUACUUGUUUAAAUUUUGGCCAUUUAAUAUCAUUAGAAGCCCAAUUUAUUUUAUUUUUAUUUCUUCCAAUUUUCUAUUUAAUUUCGAAUGGAUAUAAACGUUCAAUUUUAAUUUUGUUAAUUUCUGGAUUAAUUCUAAGCAAUUUUUUAUUUUUAUUUUUUGGAUUUUUAUUUAAAUUUCCCCCAACACUUAUUCCACAUUUGAGAAUGGAAAUUGAAGAUUUUGCACCUUUUGCUAAUUUUUUGAUUACACCAUUUGCCAGAGCUAGCUCUCCAAUUAUUGGCCUUCUAUUUGCUUUAUUUUUACUGCAAAAAUGGGAUGAAUGGCAACAUUUAGUUAAAGCUCUAUCAUUAAUUGGUUUAUUAACAACUUUAUUUUUAAUGAUGUUUAUAUUGUGGGCGCCUUUUUGGAUAUUUAACGAUUCAAUUAUUUCUUUAAUUUAUGGGACUAUACACAGACCUUUUUGGUCGUUUUUGCUUUUUUGUUUUUUGGGGUUUUUGGAAGCUAAUUUAAAAGGAAGUGGUAAGUUUUGUUUGUUUGUUGUUUUUCCCCUCUACAGUCUGUUUUUGGAAUAA